AAGUCUUUAGGUACUUACUCAAAUAGCCAGGCCAAAGCAAAACAGCACAUCAGCAUCUGCCAACAUUUUAAACCAAAUUUUGUUUGAGAUAAGGGAGCGGUCUUGCUACAAAAACAGAAAUGGAGACAGUUUUUUGCCACUUCUCAAUCUGGGGACUUCUAGCCUUUGUGAUUAUGGCUCUGGUUGUUUCACUAAUCAUAAAUAUUUCAUACUGCAUAGCAAACAAGCAAAAAGGUUACACAUACAGAGAUUAUCCAGAAUAUAGUCCAAGCUAUGAUGAUGAUUAUACUGAAGAAUGUCCAGUUUAUGGCAACCUCAAUCAGGAGAUUUUAGCUCUAGAUGAGUGUUGCUAUGAACAAAUGAAGGCCCGUCCUCGGAGGUUCGCUAAUGAAGUAAAGGUGGAGACUGAAACUCAGAUGUGUUAUGCCUCCCUUGAUCACAGCAUCAAGGAAAAACACAGAAAGCCUAGGAAAAAGAAAGCUCCUUUAGAAGUGAAUGAAGAAGAGAUGCCAUCUAAAACCAACACCCUGGCUUCCCAAACCAGCAUUUAUCUCAACAGUGACCAGCUGGCUGCUGAAAAUCAACCAACAGAGGAAGCCAUUCAUGAUGACCCCAUCAGACUAUUUGGCUUGAUUCAUACAACAUCUAAAGAGGACCCCUGCCUCAACUGACUGUUUGCACAAGAUCAAGUAGAUCUUUCAUCUGUUUAUGUUGAGGGGAAAGACUGAAUAAAUAGUAUCCUUAAUUUGAGAUAAAUGCUUGGUAAAUGAAACGCUGAUCGAUGACAAACAGGUAAGUGAUGCAUUCAAAUUGUCUGCUGAAUGUAACUGCAGACAGUUUAGGUCAGUAGACAGCAGGACGUUAGACACAGAUGGCUAAUUUUAAAGCAGCUCAAAGAAGAGUUUACCACCUUCAUAGUCUUCUACUUUGCAAAGGAGUUACAGGAGCAGCGUACCUCCUAGAAUCUGACCUCAAAUUAACAGUCAUUCUGUACUGGCUGACUUACUCCUUCACUUGUCCAUGGAUCCCACUUUAAGGGAUUUGAAAUGGGCCACUCUGUCACCUGUAGAAAGCUAGCAUAUUUUACCCAUUCUUCGUUGUUUCACGAGUAGUUUGGGAAACCAUCACAGGCACUUUAAGACUGGCAUAUUGAAAAGUUUGCUUGAUUUUAUAGUUAAAACUUGUUCUGCUGUUCAAUAUUUAGUACUUUCCUACUGUGACCUGCAGUACUAUUUAAGGUUAAUUAGAGAAUAAUGUAACUGCUUCCAUUCAUGUAAUGAGUGCUUUGAAUACCCAGCAAAUUUAAUGAUAUCAUUAUAUACUUUUAGCUUCCUAUGGUGAACAGUACUAGAUUCUAUCUCAACCAAUAACAUUUUCUCUGUCUGUAUUCAGUCUGUAAAGAAAGUGGCAAAUGACCUGUGGAAAAUAAGCCUCUCGAGGAGGGCAGAAUGAUUUUUAGUGGGUUUUACAUUGUCAUUUCAAUAACUGUUUUAGGAAGAUUGGGGACUGAAAAGGCUUUUCCUGUCCCUAAACAAUUCAGUAACUAUAUGCAUGUGUCUUGCUUAGAACUUGCAGCACCAUUUUAGCUUGAAAGCUCUUGGGUGGCAAAGAUUGGUCUCGUUUUAUGUAUGGCAUAUUGUGGGUGCUAAAUAGUAAUAGCAGCAAACAAUGAUACACCACUGCUAUAAUACUGAUGUCGCCUAUGAGUGCCAGGAAAAGGAAUAGCUUUUCCCCAUAUGAAAAGCAUUAUGGGCUCUAGGGUCCAAGGAGAACUGAGAACUUGAUUGCCCACAGACCCAUGUAAAAGCAACACCCAAAUGGCUUGCUCUCCUGGAAACUAUUUCAUUCUAAAUGAGAUGUAGGCAACUAAUGUUAGAGGCAGAAAUAAGAUGUUAGUAAGGAAUCAAUAGAAAUUACACAAAACAUAUGAAAACACUUAUCCAAGCUAGCACUCCUCCCCUCCCUCCCAAAAGAGGUAAACUUGAACCUAAACACAGGGACAUCAGAAAUGCUGUCUUAAUCUGGUCAUGUUUGAAAGUGUUACGGUCUAGUUACCAUUGUAGAGGGAGAUUGAAAUCAAAGUUAAGACUGAGCUGUAUAUUAGCAAGCUCUUGGCCCCACAAGCCAAAAAUGUUUUCAACAGCAUCUCUGGUGAAAUGUAAGAUAUAAGUAAUCUAAAUAAACUGACAGUGAACAGAGCUAGUAUCACAACUUUCAAAGUGAUAAAAGCAAGGCUUAUCAAACUAAUUAAGCAACCAAACAGCCCAUUGGACAAGUAUUAAUAGGGAAAAAGCCAAGGAAUAUGUUAUCAGUUAAUACAGGUGGCUUCAACAUUUGUCUAAAUAAAGAUUGGUCAAGGUCUGUUACUUCCUGUUUUUCUCAAAAGACACACUUACUCCACAGUACUCCUUGCUAGCUCUGCAGAGGCCCACCUGAGUUUCCUUUUAAUUUAGUCUCUUAUAAGCCCACAGAAGCCAAAUAUCAAGAACAUUUGCCCUCAUGGGGUCCAGUUUAUUAAGAUCUGCAGAAAGUCUUCUAAAGAAAACUCAGACUUACAAUCUCUUCACACCACUUUCAGCUGUGACCAGUUCCUCUUCUAUGCAUGUGUUUCCCCUAGAGAUCCAGUGCUCUUCAGCUCCCAGCAAGGCAGUGUUUGUGAUUAACUACUAACAAUCUGCAGCUGUCUAGCUCUGGUGCCUUUCCUUAAGCACAAUUGGGCAGCAGGUAAUCCCUAAUCCCUUUCAAAGGUGUCAGUUACAUUGUGACACACUUCUUGUGCUAUAACCAAAAAAGCAGUCAUGUUGCACUUUAAAGACUAACAAGAUGGUCAGUUAGCUUUCGUGGGGCAGACCCACUUCUUCAGAUCAUAUUCUGAAAGUGAAUUGGCAUGGACUGGAUCUUUGGCUUCCCUCUCUCAUACUGAAAAAUCCCAUCUCUGAUUAUAAAGGUUCAGAGAAGAUUACAAAGGCACAAUUCCACAAGCACUUCAUGCCCAUUCAAGUCAAUGGGAUUUAAGUACUUGCUUCACUUUGACUACAUCCUUAAAUUCUGUGGAAUUGUCAGCCUUCACUGAGUUCAGUAGACCAUGAACAGUUUACACAAACAUAGGGCUUCUAAUUUAUUUAUUUAUUUAUUACUGGUGGGAGAAACAAAUGGAAUUUAUCAAGAGAUCCACUCCUGCAUUUGGCUUGCCUUCUCUGGCUGAUCACUACAAAGGUUAAUUUAUCUAGUUUUCAUCCCAGCCUCCAUUUUAGGAUAAACAAACAAUCACCUUGUCAAUUAUUUCCUGAGACAUUUCUACUAUUGCUGUGUGAGAGAUUUUUUUUUUCUAGUCCAGCUGCAAAGAUGAAGCAUAUUGCUCUUGGUCUUUGCCCUCAUGUUCACUUUUAAUCUGGAGUAAACCUGUUGUGUUUAGGCAUUACGUUUUUUGAAAACUAUAACCUGGUUCAGCAAUAGCCUUUUUUGGGGGAAGGGAAUAGUUGGUUUUAGAGGAUUGCUGAAUGCCUCCUGAAAACAACCUUGAACAUUCUUCCCUGCUCUUCAGGCAACAUAUCACCUAGUGGACAUGAUGUAACGUUUGGUGUUAUUGAUUAAACUUUUAUUGUAAAAAAACAAUUACUGUGAAAUAUACAUGUACAUUUCUUAGGAUAAUGCAGAUGUUUAUUCUGAACACUAUUUAAAUAUUUUCUUACUAUAUUAAUAACAAAAAAAGUAAUGAUACAAGAGUAUAAUCUAAAGCCACCUUCAUCGUAUCAGAAGUAGGUUUUUUUAUAUUUAUUCACUAUUUUACAUUAGAAAAAAAAGUCAAAAUAGAAACCAACAAGAGGAAAAAAGAACAAAGCCAAAGUGAAUGGGGAAAGAUAACUCCAAUGACAGAUAGCAGACCAGACAGAAAAGGUACUGCGUAGACAAGAAAAUGUUAUGUUAUCAUAUCAGUUUUUCAACAGUCUCAUUUAGCACUUCAGUAGGGCUUCUUGACUACAUCACCAUUUCCUAGAUAGUGAAAAACAAAGGACAACAAAAUUGGAGGAAUUUGUGUGUGCACGUGCACUACUCUCAGCAUUUCUUAAUAGAGAAACAUCAUUCACUUACAGAUAUUAUCAGAUACAGGAUCAAACAAAUUCCUCUUGAGGUUUUUCCUGGACUACUUCUCUAGAAUUUUCCAAUCAGUUGGGGAAAUGGUUUGGAAUCUAACUACUUAAAACUCAAUCUGAUCGCUUUUCACUGAAUAAUUUUUGCUGUAUCUUAACCAAGUAAGAAUUCCACAAUACUCCUAGGCAGGAAUGGACCUCAUCUUUUGUCGCUAAUAUUGCGAAUAUUACCCUAGAAGAGCCAGGACCUGCUAAUUAACAUUCAAAUAUACUUUAAAGAUGUUCUGGGACAGUGAAAACAAGAGUAGAUUAUGCACGCAACUAUUUUGAGAACGGAGAGUAUUUGGGAGAUCAGUCAGGGGUGUUAGGAGAGCCAUAGAACCAAACUGUAUGUAAUGGCAUCCACUUCAAGUGAAGUGGUGCAGCAGGGAAGAAUUAUAUAGUGAGUAGGGAAGAAUUUUAUUUCAGAUGAGCCAUUGGAAAGAACACAUCACCUACUAGUCAUGUAUGUUUGAUACAGGAAAGAAGACAAGCCAACAAAACUAUAUACAAAAAAUAAUUGUUUAUUGUUCAUAAAGAUAAACAACCCCUUCCCCCCCACAAAACCAACCCAGUGAAAGGAAUCUUAUAACUAACUUAUUUAUACUCUUUUGCUACAUCCUCCAGGAUAAGCAAACAAAAGAGAAUGUCCAAGAUUGUGAUGAAGGACUUCUGAUUAUAUACACAAAAGCCUUUACUACUACUAGGUUUAGCAACAACCUAGCAACACUUUUUAAAAAAAAAAUUCAGGUAUUUUUCCUGGCUAUAGCUUUAUUAAUUUUCCCAAUAAAAUUAUCUUAGUUGUCUGGUUUCCCAAAGAACAGAUGAGAAGUCUCAUCUUAAGCCUUGUCUAUACUUACCCAGAGAGACACACUUCGGAGAUUGCUCUUCUGAGGUUCAAUUUAGUGGGUUUAGCAAGGACCUGCGCAGCAACACAGCUCAGGGCUCUGUGCAGGGAGCUGACUGACUGAGCAGAGCUGAUUAAUCACCUGGAAAGCUGUGCUGCUGCGCAGCUUAGAGGGAGCACUGUUUCCAGGUACUAAGUCACAUGCAUAGGCAACACUUGAUUGUACUUCCCGAGGGAUGCAAUAAUGGCCAGUUAGAGUUAUUGUGGACACACAGGGUAUGUGCACGUGACCUAAUGGGCACCAGACAUCGUAAAACAAUUCUUCUAACUUUUAGGAAACAGCAAACCUCUCAGGACUGGUUGGGAAAAGGAAGAAUGUUCCAGUGGACUGAGAGAGCUAUAAUAAAGUGGCUUCAUACUCGUAACAGUUAUACUAAAGGUUGAACCUCUCUGAUCCGGCAACAUCCAUGAUCCAUGAGUAUUUCUCAACCUUUUUAUCAAGUACUCCUUUAAAAAAAAAAUUAUAAGUACCCCCAGUAUUUACAGUUUUCAGACAAAAAUUUUUUCUCCCGUUGCAACACAUUUGUUUAAACAACUUAAUUGUAACUGGGCAGGCGAUGAAAUUUGUAUGUGUAAAAAAUGAAAAAUAAUAAAGCGUUGUAAGACUUAAAACAAAAAUUCAGUUUUCUCCAAAUUUCAGUUGUUUUGACGUACCCCCCCCAAACUUCUGUCGAGUACCCCUAAGGUAGUUGUACCACUGGUUGAGAAACACUGAUCUAGCCCAUGGAUCAGAGAGCCACGAGGGUCAGUUGGGAGUUCAGUGGCAGAGGCCCAGAGCCUGGCCAGCAGCCAGGAGCAGUGCUGUAGUCCAGCUAGGAGUCGGAAAUGGAGCCAGUGGUCCAGCUGGAGAGCUGGCAGCAGAGCUUGUCCCACAGCCAGGGGCAGGGAGUCAGGCCAGGGCCUGCAGUGGAGGCCAGUGGCCAGGUCAGCAGUGGGAUCUUGGGCUCGAGGGAAGCCUGAUUGGGAGGCUGGAGGCCCAGAGGCGCCAGAAUUGACCAUCCCUGGUCCAGCAAACUCCCUCAUUUGGGACCAGUCAGGUCCUGAGGGUGCCAGAUCAGGGAGGUAUAACCUGUAGCAAUUACAUUAGAACAGUCUUACUGCAAAGAAAGGAAGGGAAAGUGCAGUCAUAAAAACCAGACAGACCCCCAAUGUAAUGAUUACCUGAGGUGUGUCUGAACAGCUAAAAAGAUUGCGCUGGAAUGGGAGCUAGGCCAGACGUACACCAACUGAAGUGAUGUGCUCUGUCAAUCUCAGAAAGCAUUUGACUUUGAAGUACUAAACAUGGGGCAGG